AUGCUAGCCAACUCGUGCAUGUUGACGUACGUCGGUUGCGCCGCUGCGAUCCUGGAUACGUGCUGCUGCGUCAACGGAGACGGCUUCCUAUUCGGCAGCUCGGCGGCGGACGGCAGCACGCGUACGCCUUGCACGCCGGCGAUCUUCGCGGCCGGCAUUGAGGUUUCGCAAAGAACAGUGCAGCGGAGGUUAGCAGAAGAGGGUCUUAUUGGACGUAGACCAGCACGCAAACCAAGACUUACACCUGCUAUGAUAUCAAGCGAUACCAAUGGGCACGAAGAUACAAGGAUUUCACGACUGAUAACUGGAGGAACAUUUUUAUCGGUAGAGUAG